UCUCCUCGGCAGGGGCAGCGGCGCCGGCUGGAUCGAGGAGUCGCGCGCAGAGCGGGUCCGGGCGCCCUCCCCACACACAAAGGCUCGCGCGCGUCCGGCGCCCGCGGCUGAGACCUAGCCCCUCCUGCCUGCUCCGCAGGCGAGGAACCUCCAGGACUGAGGAGGCUCCCGCGCGCCUAGAGACACCCUUCGCCGCUCAGCCCUCCGGGACAUGGAACCGCGCCGACGCGGCACUCGUGCGCUCGGGCCGCUGCCCGCCCCCCUGGAUCUAUAGUGUGAGGUGGCCCCGCUCGGAGCUCAGCGCCUGCCGCCCGCGCCUAGUCGUUUCUCCGCCUUUGUGUCUCAGCUGCGCGCCCUCCUUGCCGCCCCGCGCCCGGCAUCCUGGAGCCGCACGGGAGCCGGCGGUUCGAACUGGGUCCGGCGCGGCGCCCCGGAGCCCCGAGCCCGCCGCGCCGCCGCGCCCCGCGUGUGCGCUCCCGCCUCUCGCCCUGAGGGCCCCGAGGGCAGCGCCCCCGGCCUCGGCGACCGCUGGAGCUGAUCGACGCGCCCCAGAGUUGCCUGCGGUCUCCCCCUUUUCUGCCCAGUGGAUUCUGGCAACCGGUCCGCACCCGGUCCCUCCGUCGCCCGGAGUGCGCGGAGCUGGGAGUGGCGUGGCCAUGGCUGCGAGAAGGGACUCCGUGUGGAAGUACUGCUGGGGAGUUUUGAUGGUUUUAUGCAGAACUGCGAUGUCCAGAUCGAUAGUUUUAGAGCCCAUCUAUUGGAAUUCCUCGAACUCCAAAUUUCUACCUGGACAAGGCCUGGUACUAUACCCACAGAUAGGAGACAAACUGGAUAUUAUUUGCCCCAAAGUGGACUCUAAAACUGUUGGCCAGUAUGAAUAUUAUAAAGUUUAUAUGGUUGAUAAAGACCAAGCAGACAGAUGCACUAUUAAGAAAGAAAAUACCCCUCUCCUCAACUGUGCCAGACCAGAUCAAGAUGUAAAAUUCACUAUCAAGUUUCAAGAAUUCAGCCCAAACCUCUGGGGUUUGGAAUUUCAGAAGAACAAAGAUUAUUACAUUAUAUCUACAUCAAAUGGGUCUUUGGAGGGCCUGGAUAACCAGGAGGGAGGGGUGUGCCAGACAAGAGCCAUGAAGAUCCUCAUGAAAGUUGGACAAGAUUCGAGUUCUGCUGGGUCAACCAGGCAUAAUGAUCCAACAAGACGUCCAGAACUAGAAGCUGGUACAAAUGGAAGAAGCUCAACAACAAGUCCUUUUGUCAAACCAAAUCCAGGUUCCAGCACAGACGGCAACAGUGCCGGACAUUCUGGGAACAAUAUCCUUGGUUCCGAAGUGGCCUUAUUCGCAGGGAUUGCUUCAGGAUGCAUCAUCUUCAUCGUCAUCAUCAUCACGCUGGUGGUCCUCUUGCUCAAGUACCGGCGGAGACACCGGAAGCACUCGCCGCAGCACACGGCCACCCUGUCCCUUAGCACGCUGGCCACGCCUAAGCGCAGCGGCAACAACAACGGCUCGGAGCCCAGCGACAUUAUCAUCCCGCUGAGGACUGCAGACAGUGUCUUCUGCCCGCACUACGAGAAGGUCAGCGGGGACUAUGGGCACCCGGUGUACAUAGUCCAGGAGAUGCCUCCGCAGAGCCCGGCGAACAUUUACUACAAGGUCUGAGACUCGGCGGUGCCUUCGCUUUCCCGGAGGAAACUUACUGUCCCGCUGCCGCCAGCCCGCGGAGGGUUUGAUGACCCCCUGUGUCUCGAGUGGACUGAAGCACAGCACGGGAGAGGGAACACUCCUUCUCGGAAGAGCCCUGUGGAGUUGGACAGCUUACUAGUCUGGAGCGUUUCGGCCGAGGUGAACACAGAUACUCACCAACCGCUGGGAGACUCGUGUAGAAGGUGCCCGCGGGGGCUGCGGCGCUCGCCUCACACCUCUCAUCCCCGAAGCCAUGUGCCGCAGCCACUCAGGCCUACACCGCAGCCAGGGGGAGACAGAGUGGCUGCUGGAGGAGAGGGAGCCCGGAGCCUCCUGGGCAGGUGCCGGCUCCUGUCUCGGGUGUGUGCCCCUCGACUUGUCGCACAGACCUCUGGCUAAGUGGGGCUUUUAAGAGCUCUCGCUUUUAGUCCUCACUGUUGCACACUCCUCCUGUUAUCCAGGGCUCUACAGUACUUCACAUGAGAUUUCCUCACGCCACACUCUGCAUCACUAAUGGAACAUUAAUGUUUGGGGUCUCCUACUCCAUCCAUUUGCAACAACAGCUACAGUUGAAUGGGUAACACAUUUAUAGAAAUUACGUUUGCUAAUAAGGAGCCUUCCAGCCAGACGCUAGGCUGUCAGCUGAGGAAGACUAGGAGUUGGCGGAAGCGGGUGGGACGCGGGAAAGGGCUGUCUGCAAAUGUGGUUCCAUGCUGCUGCCUCUGAAACAGAAAGUUGGGAAGGGACAAAGAGAACCGGCUGAGGUGGCGCAGCGCUUCGGUUUUGCUAAGAUUUUAAGAGGCAAGUAGGAGACACAACAGCACACAGUGGAUCAGGGUGCAUUUGAAGGAAUUCAAUCUUAUUAAAUAGCAACGUGCAGGAAAAAACGCAGUCCCUCUUCGCUGGGUGGAACAAAGGGGCAUUGUUCGUAAAGGAACGGGCUUGGAGAGGGACGGGAGAAAGCAGGCCGCUGGGGGUAGGUUCCGGCAGGACUGUUGUGGUACUGGCAAUAAGAUGUACAGCUCCCAAACUGGAGGGAAGUCGGGCUGCUUUGGAUGAUGUUUAAAGCAGACUCAGCUGCUAUACUUAUCACAUUUUAUUAAACACAGGGAAAGCAUUUAGGAGAAUAGCAGAGAGCCAAAUCUGACCUAGAAGUUUAAAAGCCAAAGGUCAAACAGGCUGUAAUUCCAUCAUCAUUGAUGUUAUUAAUGAAUUCUCAUAUAUAAAAGGUAGGUCAGAUUCCCCUGUCCCCCAAUGCCCCUUUCCCGCCCUCCUCCCCAAUCGAGCCUUACGACACUUUGGUUUAUGGUGGUGCUGUCCCGGCCGAGGGCCGCGGGGUAGGUACUGAGCGAGGCCGCCGCGCGUGCGCCGGUGCUCCGUGUCAAGGUGAAGCACAUAUGGCAAACCCCUUAGAUCCUUAAGAUGGAGAUAAAUUAUGAUGUCGAGGGGGAAGAAGGAGGAUAGGACGUAUUUAUAAUAGGUAUAUAGAACACAAGGGAUAUAAAGUGAAAGAUUUUUACUAAUAUAUAUUUUAAGAUUGCACACAAUACACACCAGAAGAUGUGAAAUUCAUUUGUGGCAAUUAAGUGGUCCCAACGCUCAGUGCUUUGAGAAAAAAAAAAAAGAAAA